AUGACGCUAGCUUACUGGAAUAUUCGUGGACGUGCCCAGCCCAUUCGCCUCCUGUUGGAGUACACUGGUACCAAGUACCAGGAAAAGUUCUAUGUCUGUGGUGAAGCUCCUAACUAUGAUAUAAGCAGCUGGUUAAAUGAAAAACACAAACUUGAAAUGGACUUUCCCAAUUUACCUUACCUGCUGGACGGAGACAGGAAGAUUGUGCAGAGCAUGGCCAUAAUGAGAUACAUCGCUCGUAAGCACAAUAUGUGUGGCGAGACGGAGGAUGAAAAGGUCCGAGUGGACAUUCUGGAGAACCAGGCUGCAGACUUUAUAACUGGUUUUGUGAGGAUUUGUUACUCUGACUUUGACAAAAUGAAGCCAGGGUACCUGAAAAGUCUUCCAGGAGGGCUGCAGCAGUUCUCUGGUUUCUUGGGAGACAAGAAGUGGUUUGCUGGUGACAAGAUCACCUAUGUGGACUUCGUCAUGUAUAAUCUGUUGGAUGUGCACAAGAUGUUUCAACCUUCUUGCCUGGACGACUUUAAGAACCUCAAAGAAUUUUUGGACCAUUUUGAGGCUCUGGAGAAGAUUGCUGUCUACAUGAAAUCAAGCAAAUACAUAAAGGCUCCUGUCAACACCAAGAUGGCUAAAUGGGGGAACAAGAAGGAGUGAAAAAUCAUUCCUUUAUUCAACAGAGAAAUAUUUGAGUUGAAAUUUUCACAAGUACUGGCAUAUUUACAGUAGUAUAUAUAUAGUGUAUUUGUUAUGUUGCUUAUGAAAUCUUCAUCAUUUUACCUUCACAAGAUGAUUUGAGUCCUUUCUGAACCCAUUUUUAGUUUCUGAAUUAUGAAAAAUAAUGUACUUAAUUUGUGAAGAUGUGGAGGUAGAAAUAUUAAACAUGACUAACUACAUUGUCCUUUUUUCUAACU